AAGACAUGGCCGUGCGCUUUUAGAACUUAUGUAAUGGUGCGCUCCAGUGGCAUGCAGGGCAAUCGGCGCAUCUGCAUCCAUCUCCCCACUUGCGGGUCAUUUGGCCUCCCAGGCAAGUCGCGCUAUCGCCUGGCUGGAAGCAGUACAAGUAAAACAAGCUUGGAGCUCCGCCUGCUUCAUCCAUUUUUUUGUUCUACUCCUUUUACACGGACCAACUUCUUGCUUCUGUUGCUUGCGAAGCGUUCCUGGUUCUUUCACGUUGGAGCUGCCUUCUUCUUUGAUUCUUUCUGUUUCUUUGCUAUAAUUUUUUUUUAAUAAUACAUUUGAUACUGCAGUGACUCGAAUGCUAUAGCAAAGUUCUUUUGUCUGGCACAUCGAAACUGCUAUAAUCGAUGACGUGAGCUCCAACACACUCUCGAAUCA